UUAGCAACACACUACACCAUAAAGGAAAUCUUAGAGAGAGAAAGCGAGAGAGAAAAAUGGCGGAUACAAGAAUCGAAAGAGAAGCUUCAACUAAGAAUAACAAUAAUAAUAAUAAUAAUAAUGGAGGAGGAGAAGUUAAAGAAGUUAUGAAAGUGAUAAUGGUGGUAUUAACAGUGGUAAUGUUGGGUUACUUAAUAAUAUGGAUAGUUAUGCCCACUAAUCUUUACAAGAAUAAUUGGAAGACUAAAAUGUCUGCAACUUUAACCUCCACUUAUUUUGGUACUCAAGGCACAUCCUUGUUGAUUUUCACAUUUCCUGUCCUCUUCAUUGCUAUUUUAGGAUCUGUUUACCUUCAUUUGGGCAAGAAAUAUGUUGAUUAUGAAGUACCAAGGAAAGAGGAGAAAAGUAGUAGCACUUCAAGGUGGUUAGCGAAAUGGAGAAGGCCAGUGCUCGUGAGAGGACCCUUGGGGAUAGUAUCAGGGGUAGAACUGUCAUUUCUCUUGAUGUUCAUUGCUUUCCUCGUUUGGUCCUUGACUGUGUACUUGCAUGUUGGCUAUUCUAAGAUCAAGGUCAAGGGAAACCAAAGAUGGUUAUACAAAUGGGAAGCAACCAUAUUCAGGUUAGGGCUAACAGGAAACAUAUGUUUAUCAAUGUUGUUCUACCCUGUAACUCGUGGAUCGUCGAUACUGCCAUUGUUAGGGCUAACUUCGGAAGGAAGCAUUAAAUAUCACAUAUGGCUUGGUCAUUUGACAAUGGCACUCUUCACUGCUCAUGGCCUUGGCUAUAUCCCUCUCUGGCUUGUUGCUGGUGAAAUCUCCGAGGCAUUGAAUUGGAGUAAAACAGAAGUAUCUAACGUAGCAGGAGAAUUGUCAUUGUUCUUUGGGCUAAUCUUAUGGGCAGCAACAUACCCUCGUAUUCGCCGAAAAUGCUUUGAGAUCUUCUUUUACACCCACUACCUCUACAUUAUCUUUGUUGUCUUCUUCUUCUUCCACGUGGGCAUCGGCUAUGCUUUCUACAUGCUUCCUGGCUUUUACCUCUUUAUGAUUGACCGUUACUUACGGUUCCUCCAAUCGAGUCAACGUGUGCGAUUGCUUUCUGCUCGUGUCUUGUCUUGUGAAGCCCUUGAGCUCAACUUUGCCAAAAGUACGAGUUUGAGUUUCAAUCCUACGAGUAUAAUGUUUGUCAAUGUCCCCAGCAUUUCCAAGAUGCAAUGGCACCCUUUUACUGUUAGUUCUAGUAGUAAUUUGGAGCAAGAUAAAAUUAGUGUUGUAAUCAAGGUUGAUGGGAAAUGGACAAGGAAGCUUUAUGAUAUGGUUUCUUCUUCUUCUAUUGAUCGUCUUCAAGUCUCCGUUGAAGGACCUUAUGGACCUGCCUCUAACCAUUUUCUAAGGCAUGAUACACUUGUGAUGGUGAGUGGAGGCAGCGGCAUAACGCCAUUCAUCUCCAUUAUCCAGGAGCUUCUAUUUGCAAGCACCACUAUGAAAUGCCAAACCCCAAAAAUCCUCCUUAUUUCUUCAUUCAAGAAAUCCUCUGGUCUAUCCAUGUUGAAUCUGCUCCUCCCACUCAAUGGCACCUCUUCGGAUCUUUCAACCCUAGACCUUCAGAUCAAAGCCUAUGUAACAAAAGAGAAAAUACAAAGUGAUGAUUAUCUGAAACAACCGCAAGCCAUAUGGUUCAAGCCUAAUGCAUCGGAUUCACCUAUAUCCCCUAGCUUAGGCAAGAAUGGUUGGCUUUGGCUUGGUGCCAUUAUCGCGUCAUCAUUCCUUGGGUUCUUAAUCUUUAUGGGGUUACUUACACAAUACUACAUCUACCCUAUUGACCAUAACACAAAUGACAUCUUCCCUUCAGCAGCUAGAACGAUCUACUAUCUGUUAAUACUCUGUGGGUGUAUGGUUAUGGCUGCCAGUGGUGCAUUCCUGUGGAAUAAAAAAAGGAAUGCCACUGAAACUAAGCAGAUUAUGAACAUGGAAGGGAUAACACCACAGGCAACACCAGAAUCACGGUACUACAACGCUGAUAGAGAGCUUGAGAGUCUUCCUCACCAGUCUAUCCUCGAGUCUACAGAAAUUCACUUUGGUCAAAGGCCUGACCUCAAGAAAUUGCUGUUUGAUUGUAAGGGAUCCAGUGUUGGAGUACUUGUUAGCGGGCCUGCUGGGCUGAGACACGAGGUUGCAGCAAUAUGUGGAGCUGGUUUGGUGGAAAAUCUGCAUUUUGAAUCAAUCAGUUUUAGUUGGUGAGUCGCCAACCUCAACCCGGCUGCACGGUUUAUAUUCCUGGUGUGACGCAACAUUUUUCAGUUUCUGAUGAGCUUGAAGAGAACCUGCAGUUCUUUUGCAGCUUUCCUGCCUUGGUUUAUUUGGCAUACCCCCACUUUGUACUUUCUAAUCAAUACCAUAUACAGAUAUACUUCUUCAACUAAUGUACAAGUAUAAAUGGAAGGCUAAUUAAAGCAAACUUCCACAGUUUGAGCGUGUGAUUCCAAUCUUAUUAACAUAGUUAAGUUAUAAUGAAACAAAGUUACAAAUGUGUCUUUCGAUUA